CUCUCUUUCAGUUGUGCUUACUCAUUUGCAAGCUCAUGCCAACUUUUGCACAGGUGCCUGUGUCAUUCAGGCACAUGACUCAUCGUAGUCAGGUCUUAUUUCUCUAUCGACACAUCCUAAGGGAAGGUGCAAGGUUCUUUGAUGAACGUGCAAGCAAUUGGGUCAUUUCAAGUGUUCAGACAGCCUUUCACAGGCAUAAACACGAGAUGGAUAAAAAUAGAAUUCAGAAAAGCAUGAGUGAUGCUCGCAAGGCCCUACGUUUGCUUGAACGUGCCAAUCGAAUGGACUUCAAAUCAGUGAUGCGUCUACUACGACUAUCAUAUGGAAUUCAGGGUAAAGAGCGACAUAAGCUACUCAAACCCUUUGUAGACUCGGCACGUAUGCAUACUCUUUCACCAGAAAAGCUUUCUCUUGCUAUUUGCUCCAGCUCUGUCGUGUCAUUUUCAUCUACUUCGUCCGAUCUGCUUUCACAACAUCUAAGUCAUACAGCACAAAGUCCGCAGCCACUCCACUUUAAUAAUCCGAGGACAGUGCCACCUAUUAUGGUACCUCCUCUUGAGGCACUGAUCAGAAACGUCACAGGGAAAAGUACCGACCCGAGCUUGCCUCAGCCAUUGUUUAAGCCGUUGCAUGGGAGACGUGAGGCCAAUUUACGUUGGCGCUUUUUUACCAAGCAGCUGAAAAAGGUGAUACCUCCACUUCCAAUGGAGGUUCGAGGGGAAAUAGAACGUAAAUCCCGUAUAGGGCUGUCCAGAUUUGAUCGAGAACGUUUUCAAGACAUCUCUAAAACAACCACAGACGACUGGAUAGAGCAGGAAAAGAGUAUUAUUCAAACAAUCAAGCUAUGGAAUAAUAAUGGGAAGAUGCAAAAGAAAAGCAGAUGGGAGAACGAGAGGUUCCAUCCAAGUAUAGGCGGAAAACCCGCAAAGCCAUGCACAAUGACACUUCGACUUUACAGACGGAUAUGGCAGCAUUUGCUCGACCAAGUGCCUGUGAUACAUUCCAAUAUCAAGAGUGCGGAGCCUUUGGACAGAAAGAAAGGCCUACCAGAUGAAUCGGAUGCUACAUCAAAGUCGAAUAAAUGCUCUUUUGUUGUAAGCAAGAGUCCACUGUCGUAUCAAGCACGUUACAAUACUGGUUUGAAAUUGCAUUCCAAGGUCAAUAGGUUUGAUAAGAUAGGGUUGUCCCAAGGAACAGUUCCUGAACCAACACAAGGGCGAAAAAAAAUCUCAAAGUCAUAGUCAUAAACACACGGAAGACUUUGCAAAAUUACUAUUAGUAAGACUUUAUUUUGUGGCAAAACGAGGCAGGGUAUUAUUUCAUUUUAAAGUUGUUCAUAUUGCAAUACAUUGAAGGUGGGAAAUGCAGCCCAUAGUACGAGAAAA